AUGCCCACCCCACACUGUGUCGAGGAGAUGCCUCACCGCGUUCGUGUCCUUGGCGCCGCUACCACGUCAGCGGCCACAUCUGGAGCAACCACGGGCGACGCGUUGGCGUGUCGGAAGGCAGCGGACGAUCCCUUCUUUUUGGAACUCACCGUCUUCGAGACCCUCUGCUAUGCUUCCCGCCUGGCCGGGCAGAGCUACGCCCAAGCGCAACAGGAGGCGGACAGCCUUUUGCAACGCGUGGGCCUAGCUGCUGCAUCAUCGAGGCGUGUGGAUCACACCACCAAGGGCGAGCAACGGCGCUUGGCAGUGGCUUGUGCGAUUGCAGGGGAAGGCCAAGAAGGCCGCGGCUUCUCUGCACGGGCCUUGUUGGCAGAUGAACCCACCACAGGGCUGGACGCAUUUCAGGCACAACGUGUGGCUGAGCUUCUCAAGGAGUUAGCAGUCACCAGGAAAUGUGUGGCGAUGUGUUCCCUGCACCAACCGCGCAGCUCCAUGUGGCGUUGUUUGGAAGAUCUGUUGGUCAUGGCACCAGGUGGUUUCGUGGUCUACUGUGGCCGCACCUCUGAAAUGCCCAACUAUUUCAGUUCCUUGGGUCACAGCUGCGCAGAAGGCGCUGUGAACCCCGCGGAGUUCGUCAUCGAUUUGGUGUCCAUCGAUCACGAGAGCCAAACGCAGGCCAUGAAGGACCGGUUGCGCAUCGAGAAACUGGACUUCUCCUGGCGU